AUGACAACAAACGAAGAUGUACCAACAAACGCCUUAAUAUUACCAAAUGUGUUUUAUCCAUUAUUUGAACAGUUAGAUAAAAAUGGUUAUAAAGAUUUACAACAACCAUUACGUACUAUGUUUUAUCAACUUGAAGAUAAAUAUCCUGGAUUUUCCAAAAAUUUCUUACAAUUAUUUAUUGAAAAAGAACCUCACAUUCAACAACAAAAAUCUAAUUUACAAAAUAUGAAUGAGUUAACAUUAAAAUUAGAAAAAUAUUGUGAUAAAACAUCUUAUUAUUUACAACGUUCGGAACAAGAAUUUCAUGAACUCAAUUUUCGUUCAAAAAAUUUAAAACGUAUUUUAAGUCGUAUUCCCGACGAUAUUAAUGAAAAACGGGCAUUUCUUGAAACAAUUAAAGAAAUAGCAAGUGCAAUUAAGAAGACAUUAGAUGCCGUAUCAAAUACAUUUCAAUAUUUAAAAACAUCAGAAGGUCGUCAAGCAUUAGAAAAUGAAAAAAAAGAAUUUAUUAAAUAUUCAAAAAAUUUUUCAAAUACAUUAAAAGCAUACUUUCGUGAUAGUAAACGAGAUGAUGUUUAUUUAGCUGCUAAUCAUUUACUAGUACAAACCGAUUAUCUAUUACGAACAAUUAAACUUUAUUGUGAAACAGAAAAUCUAGAUGAAAAUUUAUAUCCAUCACUAAAUCAUUAUGUUAAAUCACAAUCAUUUCAUAAUAACAAAUAUCAGAACAAUAAUAUCAAAAACAGUAGUGCAAGUGGUGGACAUCAACAACAACGGCAAACAUCGACAUAUGAUUCAGCCGUUUUUACUUAG